AUGAUAUACCUGGCAAAGACAGGUUCUAUGCGUUCCAAAGACGAAACAAUCUUUCUAUUAAAAAACCUCAAGCUGUGGAGAUAUCGCGACGUAACGCGUGUGACUUUCAUUGUCUACGAAUAUUUUGAAAUUCUGGAACAAAUAGACGAAGAGCUAGAUCUCAAAGAUAAACCUCAUCGGAUUUAUAAUCUUGAUGAAACUUCAUUUUGCGACAAUCCUGUCAAAGGCAAAAUUAUUUGCAAAAAAGGUUUUCACUCAACGCAAACUACUAGCGGACCAGAGCGCAGUAAAACAACAGUUCUGCUAGCAACAAAUGCUUGUAGAGAUAAACUACCACCAUUGAUAACAUUCCAAGGGAAACAUCUUUGGACGCAGCGACUCUAUACUAAUGAAAAUGUAAAACCAGCAUAUGCUGUCAGUGAAAAAGGGUGGAUGGAGACCACGAUUUUUGAAAAUAAUAUGAAAGAAGUGUUAGUUCCUGCAACCAAAGACGAAAGAAGACCUUUACUUCUUAUAUUUGAUGACCACUCGACACAUGUUGAUUUAAGCGUGAUUGAGUAUGCCGCAUCUGAAUGGGUUACAAUAGUCAAGCUUCCAGCUCAUGUGUUGCAACCUCUUGACUACAGCACUAUUGUGGCAACAGCUAAUUUAAUAACAAAUAUGGAUGAACUCGUCGACAUCAGAUCUAAGAAGAGGACAAAAAAUUUCCACAAAGAUAAAAAAACUCUACAGAACAUCUGCAAAUGUUCAAUAGAAUGA